AUGGAAAUCUGCGGACCCAACAUGCUGGAGCUUUCCAAAUGCAAAGAUUUACGGUUGACAUGUAAAACAACUGAUACUUUGAGUUUGAAGCGAGGGAAACGAUGUUACGGGAUGGAAGAUGACUACGUGUUGAUAGAGCGGAUACCGUUACAAACUGGUCUUUCUUCCAUAUUGUUCCUCAACGUUUUGGAAGUGUUUUUACUUCUGGGAGCAUUCGUCCUAAAUCUGCUAUUCCUAUGUGUUUUAUUACGGUAUUCUGUAUUCCAUAUUCAUUUGCGUAUUAUAUGCUUGCAUAUCACAUCAGCUAUCACAUUAGUUACCAUUUAUUCACUGAUAAGAUCAGUGGUUAGCCUUCAUCAAUUAUUCGGUAAUCCACAGGUUACGGAAGCAGACGAUUCGUCCACUUGCCUUUUCUUACAAGAGGUGCCCACAUGUUUCUGUGUACUUUUUAUUAUAUUCCCACUAUUACUGGUCAUCGAAAGGGCGAUCGCAACCGAAAAAGUGCGAGGCUAUGAGGAUUUCCAUUUUCCCUCCGGAAUGAUGCGCCUAUGCAUGAUUUUCUGGAUGCCUGCUACUGCAUGGUUGAUAUUCGAUAGCUUCGCUUUCGCCACGCAAUCUUCUGUGCUUGGUUGCGAACUGAGAAAUAUCCGUAAACAAUCAUGGAUGCAACGUAGCGUUUGGUAUAUGAUCAUCACAUUCUUCAAUCUCAUAUUUAGCUUCUUGCUGAGAGGAUUGACCACGAAAAACCAACGUCAUGAGGUAGAGUCUGUGACAAGUGAUCGUAGCCGGUACACGCUAUCUCAUCGCUUCCAACUUCGCGAAAAUUCUCGGACAUGCUCGUUUUUGGUGUCUUUACACAGCUUAAUAUGCAUAUCGUUUAUCUCAAUGUGUUUUGUCGACGUUGCGGUGACUGACUUAGGUCAAACAGAUGAUAUUUAUUCUGUUUUGUUUAGAAAGGAAAUAUCCUUUGUUAUUUCCCCUUUAUUUUUAAUCUUCUAUGCUUUGAAUUUUCUUUGUCGCUUGGAUAUUGUCUACGAUAAGGCGAAGAAACUUGUUCGGACUUUGUACAAUUACGAAGAAGAGAAGAAUCUUCUCGCAUAAUCCGCACAACAGGCUAAUUAAUUAUAUGCAUCGUAUCUCUCUCCAUACGUCGUCCUAUACCAUGGGUUCAAUGCUUGAUCUAUCAAAGAUUCUAUUCAAUCUCGACUUUAUGAUCUCGUAAUCGUUUGUGAUCUGCAAUCAAUUACCUUGCUAUUGACAAUAUAAUUAUUGUGCAAUAAAAAAGACAGUACCC